AUGGAGCGUUCUCGCGCAGACUCCAAACUAAAAAUUGACAGGUUCCUAAUUAAUGAAGCUUCGAACGCCGAUGUCUGUAAUAUCGAAGGGGUGGAAUCGUAUGAUCAAGCGGUGUUUGAGCAAGGUUGGUUCUCGUUUUUUGUAUUACGCCUUUCAGGUGUCCUCUCCCAAGCUGAUUCAGCUUUUAAAAAGCACAUAGAUGACAAAUCUAUCAAGAUUGAGGGGAAACUUAAGAAGAUUUUGGAGGAUAUUGAGUAA